AUGAGUAUUUCUAAAUAUGAAAGAAACUGUGUUUCAUGCCGUGUCCCUCCUGUCGCUGUCCCUGUCUUUAUCCCCGCACCAAAACCCGAUUGCCCUUACUGUGGUGGUAAUGGUAUUUCUGAAGGAAACAUUCCAGAACCAUAUGAAAAUGGAGGAUACACCUAUGGCAACACAUAUGGCAAUGGAGUAUAG